GUAUAUUCAGCAACAGAUACGGAUCCCGCUGGUCUGUUGUUCCCCAACAGCAAACUGACUUCAUCAUUGUACACUGGAGGAGAUUGAGCAGGACCAAAACAAGCCUGUGCAGAUAGCUAGCUAGCUAGCUACUGUUUGAAGUAUUCUACUAGCUAAUGACUGAAAAAGAGGAGACUAUGGACGCUUCUGAUAUCCAUGACAGUGCGCCAUCGGUGAAGAAGAAUGGACAAACCUCGUUGCUGGACAGCGGGGAAGACUUCGAGGUUUUAGAUGAAGAAGACAUUGACGACGACCCCCCUCCUCUGGAAGAUGCCGGGGGCGGGAAGGGGAAUAACACAGAUGAGUCUGAAAAAAAUGCUGACACAGAUUCAGACCCUCCAGGUCAAGUGGAAGAAUGGCUGGAUGUAUUAGGUAAUGACCAGCUAAAGAAAAAAGUCCUGGAGGCAGGGGAAGGGCGAGAAAGUCGGCCACAGAAAGGACAAAAUGUAAAGAUUCAUCUUAAAGCAUACCUGAAGGACGGAACGCUUGUAGAGGAGCAGCCUUACCUCUCUUUCACUCUUGGAGAUGGGGAUGUCAUCCAGGCGCUGGAUCUCACAGUGCAGCUCAUGGAAAUGGGAGAGAAGGCCCUCAUCCAGGCUGACGCAAAAUACGCAUAUGGUUCCCGGGGGAGUCUUGAACCAGAGGUUCCCCCCAACGCUGAGCUGUCCCUAGAAGUGGAACUGCUGGAAGCUAUUGAUGCCCCAGACCUGGAGCUGCUCCCCCCUGCAGAAAGGAUUGCCCUGGCCAUCCAUAAGAGAGAGAGAGGCAAUGUUCAUUACCAGCGUGGGGACUACGCUUUUGCUGUGAAUUCAUACAGCAUUGCCCUGCAGAUAACAGAGUCUAGUUCUAAAGUUGACAUAAGUCCUGAGGAGGAGAAUGAGCUGAUGGAUGUGAGAGUGAAGUGUUUAAACAACAUGGCUGCUUCUCAGCUGAAACUGGACCACCAUAAUGCGGCACUUAAAUCUUGUGUCUCGGCACUAGAACACCAGCCAGACAACAUAAAAGCACUUUUCCGCAUGGGAAAGGUACUAGCCUUGCAAGGUGAAUACACAGAAGCCAUUCAAACUUUGAGGAAGGCGCUGAAGUUGGAGCCCAGCAACAAGACAAUCCACGCAGAGCUCUCCAAGCUGGUGAAGAAGAACUCGGAGCAGAGAGGAGCAGAGCAGGCCAUGUAUAAGAAGAUGCUGGGUAACCCUGCUAGUAGUGGCAGCAGUUCACAGAAACACCGGGCCAAGUCUUCAUGGGGUCUUAGCUGGAAGUGGCUUUUCGGUGCCACUGCAGUAGCCAUUGGCGGCGUAGCAUUAUCCGUUGUCAUAGCUGCUAGGAAUUGAACCAAGCCUGUGAUGAGCCUGACCGAGCCCCUGCAAAGUGAGCCUAAACAUAGAAGCACAUCUGGCAGUGACUUCUCACCUUUUGUCAAAGGGGUGGUGGAAAUGUCGGUCAGUUGCCUCUUCGCAGUCACUCUCCUUUCUCUGCUAUGUUUGAGAACAAUAUGUGACAAUUAAUAAAACAUCAAGAUUUGCAUAUGGGAACUGUAUUUCCAACCUUAUAAAUGUGUAGGUUUAUGCAUAUCGGUCACGUUGCCAGACACUGGUUUCUUUUGCUGCCAUUGUUUUUGUCUUUGGUAGUUAAUGUUGCAAAUUGAUUAUUGGAGAAUCAAAAUGUAAAAUCAUUUACCGUAGAUUCAGAUAGGAGCUAUUUAAGAAUAUUUUUCCCCACUAAUAAUAGAAUCGUUAUAUGGUCCUAUGUAAUGCUAUAGUUUUAAAGCUUCUGAUUGUAUAUAUUAUUUGAAAUCCACACGUUGGCAAAGUAUAUCUGGCUUGUGUGCUAGCUCUCAUACCCUUUCUAUAGACUCAACUCAUACGCUAAGUGACCAGAAAAAUAGAAACACCUGUACAAUGCAAUCCAAUACAACAGUCAGUUUUUGUUGAGACUGUUGAGUCAGUUCUAUGGUGUGUAUUGAGGCUGGGAUUUGUUGUGAUAUCAAAUGGAAAGGUGUUCCUAAAAUUGUAUCCACCUCAUUAAAAGAAUAUAAGAAACACUUCACAAAAUAAUGCAGUUAAAUAAAACGCAGCAAACUGUCAACAGCAACGAACAAAAAUAAUAACAUGAAUCAACAUCAAUGCUGGGGGGCUCAAUAUUCUUGGUCACUUGUGUAAACAUACAUUAAAGCAGUAGCUAAAGUCGAUUGACUGUUUUCAACUUUUGUUAUAUUACUCAUUUCUUGUUAAUAAAGCUGCAGUUAUUACCUUUUAAAACAAGGACAGCAAAUGGUACGUAGAGUUUCUAAGUGAUGUGGCUAUGAGUAAUAAAUGAGAAUUUAUUUUUCAGUCAAUUAUACCUCAAUUUUUGAUGAUUAAGACCAAAUGUUGAAGGAUGACCCUUCAAGUACAAUGUUGGGUGUGUAUUUUAUUUAAUUUUUUGUCCCCUACAUUUUAUUGCCUGUGAAGCUUAUUUCCUUAAAUGAUGUUGCUUUGGGUGUUAAUUCCACUGUUUUUGAUCAUUGCUUUGAUACAGUUAAUGUGACACCGCUGAAUCUGUGGCUUCUUCAGAGUAGAUGGUAGACCUACAGAGCCAAAAGUUGCAUAAACUCUUUAGUUGGUGACUUAUUAAGUGGUUGUGAAAGUUCCCGGCAUUCCAUAUAUUUGUUAAUUUUAUAUUCAUCAUAAUAAAAAUGCGUCUGUUAUCAAA